AUUCCGUUUCGUCUUCGUUGUGCGGCCAUAGUUCAGUGGUGUCAUUGUUCCUGUGUUGUUAUUGUGAUGAUUUCAUGGCGCUUUUAACUGGAUCCUGGCCCUUUAUUCAACUGGAACGUUCCACUGGCCAUUGAGGAUAAAUGCGGUGUUGACGAGCUGGCAGCCAUGUCAACAGCAAUGGACAUUUUUCUGAACGCUUCCGAUUCGAUGUCCUUCAUGGACGUCCUGGACAUCGACAUCAAGGCCGAGAUGGACCUGCUGGUGGAGAGCGCCGGCAUGAACGAUUUCUCCGGCUUCAGUUUCAACACGUUCGACACGCAAAACUUCGACGAUCCGGACACCAAGUGGCUCAAUUCCAGCUCGAACCAGUCGUUUCUGGACUUCAGCGGCGACGAUGGCCCCACGAUGGUCAAUCCCAACACGGUGUUGCCGGUUAUGUCGCUGGCGUCGGCCAUUGGGCGCAGCCCAUCGCCCGCCGUGCGCGAGAGCCACUUAACGUUCUCGCCGGCCACCAUCAAAAUCGCCUCCAUCAGGAGCGAUGCCUCGGUGGUCAAGAAGGACCUCCUCAACCGACUAGAGGCGGUYGAAGUGGCCGCGCACAAGCCGGCACCGUCGCCCAAAAGCCUGCCCAAAGUCAUCCCCAUUCUGGCAAAGUCCAGCUUGAAGCCGCUGGCGAUCAGGGCGGCGCCGACCACGCCCACCAUUGUGAUCAAGAACGCGCUGGGCCAAAUCACCACGCCCGUAAUCACACAAGUGAACUCGAUGACCAUCCGAACGGUGCCGACGACGGUGGGGCGCAAGUCCUACGGGACGCCACGCCUCUUCGACGCGAUCGAGGGGCGCGCCUACCCGAAGCCCGCCUACAGCUACAGCUGUCUGAUCGCCAUGGCGCUGAAGAACAGCAAGUCGGGCUCGUUGCCCGUGUCGGAGAUCUACAGCUUCAUGUGCCAGCACUUUCCCUACUUCAAGACGGCGCCGAACGGCUGGAAGAACUCCGUGCGCCACAACUUGUCGCUGAACAAGUGUUUCGAGAAGAUCGAGAAGCCGGCGCUGAAUGGGGCGCAGCGCAAGGGCUGCCUGUGGGCGAUGAACCCGGCCAAGAUCGGCAAAAUGGACGAGGAGGUGCAGAAGUGGUCGCGCAAAGACCCCGCGGCCAUCAAGCGGGCGAUGGUCAAUCCAGAGAACCUGGAUGCCCUGGAGCGGGGCGAGAUGAAGUUCUCCUGCGUCUACGACGAUGAGGAGCAAUUCGCGGACUCGGGAGGCUCCGUGGGGAGCGGCGAAGGCUCCGACCUGGACAUCGAGGAAAUGGAGGAGGCGGAGGUCGACGUUGGGGAGAUGCAAGUCCAGUACAUCCAGGUGAAAACCAACGAGUUCGGCGAGUACCAGGAGGUCAAGCCUCUGCAGACCUACGAGGAGGAGGAUCUGGAGGAGGACAAGGAGCUGUUGCGAAUGGAGAUGGCGCUUGCACAGAAGGAGCUGGAAUACGAGAAAACCGGCAUCAACAGCAAGCGCCGAAGGAACUUGUAGUGCCCACAGCCCCAGCUGCUGCCAGCCGGCUUGAUCGGGCAGCGCCCCUUGGCUGUAGGGCUGCCCGAUGAAGCCAACGGGGCUGCGCACCUGCCCAGAUUGCCAGGCGCGCAGCCCCACCCGCCAGUGGGGACCCCCCUUUUUACAACACGCAGCCAAUCCAGGACUUAGUUCAUUAUAUGUUUGUGAUAGUGCAGUAUUGAGAUGCCGUGUAAUUGGUUUUUCCUCUCUCAAACUAUGAACGUUCAGUUUCUUCUUACCGAUAAGGUCCAUGUACAAAUGAUAGAAUUAAGGCGAUUUUACUUACUUAGUAAUAACAAUAAAUGAAAUGUGAUUUUUCUA